AUGACCUACUUACAACAGACCCAACUAACAGCCCUCCCAAAAACCACCCGCAUAAACUCCGCAGCAAGGUCUCAGCCAUCAUACUCCUCACACACCUCUUACAAAGAAGUCCUACGUGUCAGCGCCACCAAAACAAAAGGAAGUCCAGAAACCCUGAAUUUCCACAUGAUAGAACAGGCGCCGUUAUCGCAGGGAUACCGGGAUACCCUUUUACGAACACUACCUACACUGGGGUCGGGACCUCCGAGCUCCGUGCUCUGCAGUGCUCUGCAGGCUGUGGCUCUGCAUGCUUCUGAUAGCUAG